AUCUUUGGCCAGCCUCUCGACGCCGCUGUCGAGCGCUCUUCUACUCGAGUAAUCAGCAGGUCACAGAGCGGCGCGAAGAUUAUAUAUGGACCGUUACCCGUUCUUGUUGCCGUCUGUGGAACAUAUUUACGAGAAAAUGGAAUCAACACCCAAGGCAUAUUUCGACUCAGUGGGUCGGCCAAACGAGUCCGUCAACUACAGCAAGUCUUUGCCUCGCCUCCCGACUUCGGCGCAAAGAUUUCAUGGCAAGGAUAUACCGUUCACGAUGCGUCAAGCAUUUUGCGCCGAUACCUCAACAGCCUCCCCGAACCGAUUGUACCGUUAGACGAGUACGAUAAUUUCCGUGCGCCUAAUAGUACGGCGACGAUGCGGAAAAAGGAUAUAAUAUCUGUAGUUCAGCAGCUGAUAUUCCAUCUACCGGUCACGAAUCGCCAGCUCCUGCUCUAUAUUCUCGAUCUUCUGGAGCAAUUUUCACGACACUCUAAGAAGAAUCUGAUGCCGGCCGCGAAUCUGGCAGCUGUUUUCCAGCCUUGUAUAUUAUUGCACCCUCAGCACGACCAGUCGCCAGAGCAAUAUCGGAUCUCACAGGACUGUCUUGUGUUUAUGAUU